UUAACAGGCAGUGUGAACGAGUUUGAUCCUCAUUCCACAUUCGGAUACAAUCAAAACUCCAAAGCGUACAACAAUGGAACAGAUGUGACGAUUUCAAAACAAAACGCCACAAAUGACAACACCAAGGACAAUCCAAACAGAACCAGUAAACAAACAUUUAUAGAUUUCCGUUUUUUAAGUUAUUAAUCGAUUUAUUUCACAUCUCCAGUGGUAACAAUCAACAACAAAAGCAUUCGUGUAAUAGAUGAACCUGGCAUCAACUAGCGAAUAUGUUAGAAAUGGACGUAAGAACUCAGAAAUUAGAACAGCAGAGGCAGCUAAUGGAGCAGAAAAUGAAGCAGAAGCGACUUACUUCAGGCAUGAUUCAGGCUUCCGAUGUACGGGGAACCUCGGCCAAAAGUCGGUCCUGUAACAUCAACCAAAAGGAACUACAUGGGUAUGAUGGGCCUUUGCAGUAUGCUAUGGGACGAGACAAUAAUCCUGACCAAGUUAUAUCAAUACUGACUACAGCUGAUAGCAUGGACGGGACAGUUGUGGAGGACAUCACAGAUAAUGCCAAUGACCUGAUGGAUAUUGAAGAUGAAGAAUCAUCCCCUGUAGCAUCUACCCCAAACAACAAUGGAAACAUUCCAAUAAAUCCCAUUGACGACAAAACAAAUUUUAUCCAUCAGACAAAUGGGGCUCCGGAAGCUGAAGGUGACAUUGAAGGUAAUGUAGACAAAUUUGUCCUACAACCAGCACUAUUGAAAGUGUUGUAUAAAUGUCGCAUUACCAGGGAUAGGAAAGGUAUGGACAGAGGGCUGUAUCCAACAUAUUUUUUACACUUGGAGAAGGAUUAUGGAAAGAAGGUGUUUUUAUUGGCUGCUAGGAAAAGAAAAAAGAGUACCACCAGCAAUUAUUUGAUAUCAACGGAUCCUACGGAUCUGUCAAGAAGUGCUGAAUCAUUUGUUGGUAAAUUGAGAUCCAACCUCUAGGCACCCAAUUUACAGUUUAUGACAAUGGUGUCUCACCUAGAAAGGCAAAUCUGAAAGAGGACAUUCUGCCACGACAAGAACUGGCCUCUGUUAUUUAUGACACAAACGUCCUUGGAUUCAAAGGGCCUAGGAAAAUGACUGUUAUUAUUCCUGGAAUGGCUGAUGAGCAGAGAGUGCAGAUCUAUCCUCAGGACGAGAGUGAAAGUUUGAUUGAAUCCUGGAAAGCAAAAAAUAUGGAUAACCUGAUAGAACUUCAUAACAAAACGCCAGUUUGGAAUGAUGAUACCCAGUCAUAUGUUCUGAAUUUCCACGGAAGGGUUACACAGGCUUCUGUCAAAAAUUUCAAAUUGUGCACGAUAGUGAUCCUGACUAUGUAGUUAUGCAAUUUGGUCGGUGCGUGGCGGAAGACGUUGUUUACAAUGACUACGAUAUCCGUUGUGCGCAUUGCAGGCUUUUGCGAUCGCGCUAAGCGUUUUGACAGCAAACUGGCAUGCGAAUAGCACGCAGCGCCACCUACAUCUGUCCGAAUGUGCUAAAACUACGAGCUUAAGCAAAUGCCUACGUUACUGUAAGGGUAUAUUUUUGGUGAUG